UAUAAAUCAUGUCUAAUCCUUUACGUAUCUUUGUCCCUGUUAAGCGUGUUGUUGACUAUGCUGUCAAGGUUCGUGUGAACGCAACAAAGACAGAUGUCGACCGCAAUGUAAAGCACAGUAUGAACCCCUUUGAUGAAAUUGCUGUUGAAGAAGCUGUUCGUAUCAAGGAAAAAUCACCCAAGACUGAAGUGGUUGCUAUUUCAUGUGGUACUACCAAGUCUCAAGAGACGUUAAGAACUGCUUUAGCCAUGGGAGCUGACCGUGCUGUCCAUAUUGAAGUAAAGGAUGACAGCACGCUUGAGCCUUUGGCCGUUGCUAAAUUACUCAAGGCCUUGGCUGAUAAAGAAGCGAACAAGCCAGAUCUUUUCAUUUUGGGUAAGCAAGCCAUUGAUGAUGACGCUAGUCAAACUGGACAGAUGCUGGCUGGGUUACUCAAGUGGCCACAGACCACAUUCGCUUCUAAAGUGGAUAUUAAUGACAAGUCACUCAAGGUUGUACGUGAAAUCGAUGGUGGUCUUGAGACAGUGUCUACUAAAUUACCUGCUGUUAUCACAACUGAUUUACGAUUGAAUGAACCCCGCUAUGCUUCUCUUCCCAACAUCAUGAAGGCAAAGAAGAAGCCCUUGGUUAAGUUUACCCCUGAAGAUCUUGGUGUUGAUAUCUCACCUCGUCUUCAAACACUCAAGGUUGAGGAACCUCCUAAGCGUGCCGGUGGUCGUAAGGUUGAGAGUGUUGAUGAAUUAGUUGACAAGUUACGUAAUGAAGCCAAGGUUUUAUAA